CUACGCAGUAGCCGAGGGGGAGGGACCUACUUCGGAGUACAAUUGUACAACAACUCCCCGUCUACGAAUAGCUCAAUUGGCAUAUUUCAAUUGAGUAAUAUACACAAUGGCGCUGAAUGAAAUAAAGGGUCGGCUGGCGUUGAUCACAGGUGCAUCUGGAGGGCAAGCCACUUUUCCAUGUUUUUUCUAGAGCUCAGAUCUGACUUUUACAGAAUCGGAGCAGCAUGUGCACACCAACUCGCUCAGAAGAGUGUUCAUUUGGCCCUGACUUACUCCAGUAACAAGACAGCAAUGGACAGUCUAGUCGAGGAACUCAAAACCAAAUACCCCACGGUCGACGAUAAGCCCCUUCGUAUCUCGGCCCAUCAGGUGGAUGUGGCCUCCGCAGAACAAAUCCAGACAAUGUUCGAGCAGAUCGACCAACAACAUGGCCAGCGACCGGAUAUCCUCGUCUCCAAUGCCGGAUAUGGUAAGCGCGUGCCGCAGGUCUGGGACAUUACACUCGAAGAAUUCGAUCAUACGAUCAACGUCAAUCUCCGCGCCUCGUUUAUCCUUGUGAAGGGCGUUGUCGAACACAUGAGGGACCAACGAUGGGGCCGGAUUGUGCUCAUGUCUUCGAUAGCUGGAUACGGUGGAGGGAUUAAUGGAUGCCAUUACGCCUCUUCCAAAGCCGGCAUGACCGGUAUGAUGAAGAACCUGUCGACUCGUCUCGCAGAACACAACAUCAGCGUCAACGAUGUGGCACCAGCAAUUAUCGGAGAUACUGGAAUGAUACCCAACGCCCAGUCUGUUCCUGAGAUCGCAGCGAGUAUACCACUUGGUCGAGUGGGGACGCCUGAUGAGGUCGCUAAUGUGGUGACUAUGCUUGUUAUGACUGGAUAUAUGACUGGGCAGAGUCUCCUGCUGGCGGGAGGGUUGAAGUAGUAUGUGAGGUUUAUAGAUGGCGUUUUCCCCAAGGAUAUUAUAUAUAACUGUCUAGUUCUUUUGGGCAUACAUUCGUCUACCUAUACGCUCCAGAUACCCUC